CUAUCAAACUUAUUUCGGAAUUGUAUUUUGCCGAUUUAUGGUUAUGGCAUUAAUAAUCGUGAAAUGACACUAUUAGCAUUGUUAUUAGCGAAUUAUAUACAGUCAGAAAUACAGAAGCUUGAUGAUCCAUCACAACUACGCAAUUCGUCCUCAUACGUGAUACUGCAAAUUUUUAUAAAAUUGUAUGGCAAGACGGAAUCGUACAAAUGCGAAAUAGCAAAACUGAAUGACAUAUUGAAACAGAGUCAGAAUGAGCUUGGUCACUUUAAUCUUAAUCCGGUCAGUGUAUAUCAGUCAAUAACAGGUCAUAAAGCGGAAAUUAUUGAUAAAGCUAUGAGCAAUGCUAUUGUUGCAAAAGUUCUAAACGACACCAAACGUUUCCUCACAAAAUGGGCGCUUGCAUACGCUGAGUUGAUCUUUAGAACCAUCACGGAAUAUCCGUAUGUGUUUGAAAAAAUCAUAACUUAUUAA